AUGGAUGGAACGUAUGUGUCAUGGAUAUGGCACGGGGAGAAGGCUACGUUAAACAACUCAAUAGAUGAUGGCGGUCUAAUUAGGGGAGAAGAGCAUAAUCGUGUUGAUGAAAAUCCUAUAGAUAUGGUAAAUGCUGCUUAUGACGAAUACGUUGAGGAUCCCAACAAAUUUAGUAAAUUACUAGAAGAUGCAGAGAAACCGCUAUACGUUGGAUGUACUACGUUUACAAAACUAUCAGCGGUAGUGAAGUUAUAUAACUUGAAGGCAAAAUAUAGUUGGAGCGAUGCAAGUUUUACGGACCUUCUGGAUUUGUUUGCAAAAAUGCUUCCAACUGACAACGUACUGCCUUCUUCUUUAUAUGAGGCAAAGAGAAGCUUGGUUGCAUUGGGAAUGGACUACGAGAAAAUACACGCGUGUCCCAAUGACUGUAUCUUAUAUCGUAAGGAGAAUGCAAAUUGUACUAAUUGCCCUACUUGUGGAACUUCAAGGUGGAAGAUAGGCAAGAAUUCUAAGAUAUCCAUAGGAGUUCCUGCAAAGGUGUUAUGGUACUUUCCACCGAUACCAAGAUUUCAAAGAAUGUUUAGGAGCAAGGAUAUAUCUAAGGAGUUAACUUGGCAUAGUGAUAAUAAAGUUUGUGAUGGUUACUUGCGUCAUCCAGCUGAUGCACCUUGUUGGAGAACAGUAGAUGAAAUGUGGCCAGAUUUUGCUAAUGAGCCAAGAAAUCUUAGAUUGGCUUUAUCUGCAGACGGGAUAAAUCCCCAUAGUGUAAUGAGUUCUACAUAUAGUUGUUGGCCAGUCAUCAUGAUUACAUACAAUCUUCCUCCUUGGAUGUGCAUGAAGCGAAAAUUCAUGAUGCUCAGUUUGUUGAUUUCUGGUCCUAAACAACCCGGGAAUGACAUUGAUGUUUAUUUGGCACCUUUGAUUGACGAUUUAAAAGUGUUGUGGGAAGAAGGUAUAGAAGCAUAUGAUGCAUACCGACAAGAAAAAUUCGUCCUUAAAGCUGUUUUACUAUGGACGAUCAAUGAUUUCCCAGCAUAUGGGAACUUAUCAGGUUGCACUGUCAAAGGAUAUCAUGCAUGUCCUAUCUGUGGUGAGAAUACAUAUGCCAAGAGGUUGAAGCAUAGUAAGAAAAUGGCAUUCACAGGACAUAGAAGAUUUUUAUGUAAAACUCAUCCUUAUCGAAGGCAAAAGAAGGCAUUUGAUGGUAAGCAAGAAUUCGACUUAGCACCCAAACCAUUGAGUGGCCAUGAUGUUCUGAAAACAGUUGAGGGGAUCAAUUGUAGUUGGGGAAAAAACAGUGGCAAGCUAAAUGCUAAAAGAAAAAUUAGUGAAUCAUGUUGGAAAAAGAAAUCAAUUUUCUUUGAGCUUGAGUAUUGGAAGCAUUUGCAUGUUCGGCAUGUUCUUGAUGGCAUGCACAUUGAGAAAAAUGUGUGUGAAAGUAUUAUUGGCACAUUACUUGACAUCCCAGGAAAAACCAAAGAUGGGGUAGCUGCUCGACUAGACCUUGUGGAAAUGAAUGUGAGAAUGGAGUUGGCACCAAAACAAGGGGAGAAGAGAACGUUUUUGCCACCUGCUUGCUAUACCCUAAGCAAAGAUGAGAAAAAGAAAGUUUGUAACUCUUUGUUACAUAUGAAAGUCCCAUCAGGCUAUUCAUCUAAUGUGAGAAACCUUGUCAAUGUGAAGGAGUUGAAACUUGUAGAUGAGGAAGAAAACAUGUCGGGUUCUCAAGAAACCCAGUCAACGAGGAGCACACGAGGUCGUACCCAAAUGCAUAAGCUUGCUAUGCAAAGGGCACAAGGACUGAAGAAAGACGUACAAUUCAAUGAACUAGGACAACCAAUUGGAGAUAGUGCUGCAGAACUACAAAGUUACAUUGGUGUCCUUGCAAGAGAAAAGGUGAAGUUGAAUUUUAAGACAUGGAAACAUGUGCCACAGGAUAUUAAAGACAAGAUAUGGGACGCUGUUAAUUUGAGCUUCAGAGUUCCGGCAAUAUUCAAGAAACCUUGCUUGAGUUCAGCAAAUGACAAAUGGCGGCAAUAUAAAACACAACUCACAAAUAACUUUAUUUGGAAGAGACUGAAUGAUGAAGAAAACUUGCACAAACCACCCCCAGGAUAUGGUAUUAUGGGAGAUGAAUGGAGUCAAUUUGUGAUUAGCCGCAUGUCCGAAGACUUCAAGAAACUAAGCGAGCAGCAAAAGGUACGAAGAAAGCAAAACCUUUAUCCACAUAGGCUUGCUCGUAAAGGAUAUGCGCGUCUUGCUAGUGAAAUUUCAACAGAAUUGUGUGAUGAUGACGAAGUGAAUAGAGCUAUACUUUGGAAGAAAGGGAGAACUAGUAAGCAAGGAGAAAUAGAAGGAGAUGUUUUGAAGACAAAAUUUACAAAGAUUGAUGAAUAUAUUCAGCAAAAGCAAGAUGGUUUGUUGCAACUUCAAGGACCAAAUGAGGACAUCCUGACACAGGCUCUUGAAUCUAAGGAGCAUGGAGGUCGGGUGAGGGCUAUAGGUGGACAUGUCAAUCCCUCAACAUAUUUCAGAUUGGGUAAAGGGAUGCUUCCUAACCAUGAGAAAAAUGUCCUUCUAAGACGACAAGCAACAGUAGAAGACAGAGUUGCAAAGUUAGAAAAUUUGGUCCUUCAAAAUGUUGCCUUUAAAUCAUCUCCGAUUGAAGAAAAAGGGAGUUGUACUGCAAAGGAUGCAAAGGGUGCGAUGAAGCUGAGUGAAGAAGAAAUUGGUUUUAUGAAACAAAAAUUGGAUUUCGAAGAUGAUGAUGAUGAGCUGCAGUUUAUUGACAAAGAAGAUGUCUUGGAGAAACAAUGUAAGAAGAAACCGAGCAAGGAAGUCAAAAAGCUUGAGUUGAACUCCUCAAGUAUGCCUAAGUCAUUAUGGCUACUAUACUGUUAUUACAAGCGUGCACUUGGGAAUGGAGAGAGUUUAAAAAUAGUGCUAGAUGAAAAUGUCUUCGGGGAAGAAUGUACUCUAUAUGUGCACGACGAAGAUGUGACUCCGUUUUGUCAAUUGAUGCCAAUAUCGUACACAUGUAUUGCUGUGUACAUAUGGUAUUUGUAUAAAAAGAUGAUGGAAGACAACAAGCUUGAAAAAUUCAGAUUUAUGCAGCCAUGUCAUGUAGGUCAUGUGCCAACGACAAGAACAGAUAAAAAUUUCCUAGACAAACAGUUGGAAAGUAGGGCACGAGCUUUAGCAGACAGACUAAUUGACAAUCCAAGUAGUGCAUCACUUUUGGUGCCAUGUAAUGUAGGUUUCCAUUGGAUUCUGACAGUUAUCAACGUCAGUAAGGAUAUUGUUUAUUUGUGGGACCCUCUUAGUCAUCGCAUUCGCGAUGAUGAUUGGAAACAUGUUGUAGAAAUGGCUAUUAAAAUGGUUCAUGCGGCCUCUGGGAAUGGAAAGAAAGGACGAAGUAAAACUGCUUGGGAAAUUGUCAAGGCUCCUCGUCAGCCGGAUAGUAACCAAUGCGGUUUCUAUGUCAUGGCUUACCUGAAGACUUUAAUUGAGAACAUGCCGGACAUUGAUGAUAAAGAUUCUGUUCAAGCACUGUUCCAACAAGUUGAAUAUGACAAAGCGGUUAUUGAUCUGGUGCGUUCUGAAUGGGCCGAUAUUAUAUCAAGUUAUAUACAGUAGGUAUGAUUUGAUCAUUAGAACGUUGUGAUCUUUUAGACUUCGUGGAAUUGUUUGUUGUAGUAUUAUGAUGACUU